CAUGGACAGACCUGCUUUCUCUGUUUACUCUGAAGCAUGUUCUGGAGUUCAUUCGACUUCUCAUAAUGGAUGUGCAAACACAUGAAAUGAUCCCUUCCACCACUGCUCUGUUCCUUUAAGAGACCUCGGUUGUUAAGUUGGACGAUCAUUGAACCAUAUGAGGGUCAAUAAAGGAAUAAAAAUUCACUGGUUAGUGAUUCGAGCGCAAGGAACUUGAUCCCUGUUGAGUAUCUGUGUCCAUAUGCUGCUCACAGUCAGAAGGGGAGCGUCUGAUGCCUGGGUGCUCGUCCUACCUCAGGAUGGUUUCUGGAAAACUCAUCAAGCUCCUCGUCUUUGAGCUGCUCGAGUUUGUGGCUUUCUGCGUCCCCACGCUCGUGAUUAUGGAACAGUUUGCCGCCGCCUUUCAAAACACAAGGCAGACACCCGAGAGAACGCAUUACUGGCUGAUUGUUUCCUGCUCCAUUGCUUAUGUAGCGUUAGUGACUCUACUGAUUUGGAUUCCUGUGAAAGUUCUCUUGUUCAAGAAACGUCAUCUUUACCACAAAAUCAAAGGAUGGAGACCUGUUAUGAUGAUGUGUGUAGUACUCACCACACUGCCGAGCUUCAGCUUUUCUAUAGCAGUGACCGAGGUUCAAAAGAAUAGUAAUGGAUCUGCCAUGUUACCGGAUAUGUUACCUGACCUGCCAGUCUCUCUGGUCCUGACGAGCUUGAUCAUCGUGGAUAUUAUUGAAAAACUCAGGAUAUAUCCUCUUAGAGGGAGGCAAAGGAGUAAUGAAGACAGACACAUCCAAACGACCACCUUGCAGCAAGUAAAAACUGUGACGGAUCAAGUGAGGCAAAAUGAAGAAAACCAGAUACCUCCUCAGCCAGCCAAGAGGACCAAACUGUCGCGGCCACCAGGAGGCGUGACACAGAGCCCUGCUCCUGAGCUGGAGGGACCCCAGGAGCCGACCUUUGAGCGGGGGGUCCUGAGCACCUUGUCCAGGCGGGAUGUGCGGGCGGAGAUCUUCCUGUGGAGCUUCCUGCUGUGGGCGGACACCAUAGAGAUGGUGCGGGUGGCCGGGCACCCCAAGGUGUACAAGUCAGGCUGGGUCUACCCGGUGUACCUCUUCAGUUUCCUUUCUCUUCUUCGAAUUGUACUCACUCCCCAGAACCCACUUCACGGUUCCCUUGGCAUCCUGCUCCAGGAUCUACCCUUUAUCUUUAUUAGACUUAGUUUAAUCAUUGUCCUGGGAACCAUCACACCCAUACUCGGCCUUUGUAAAAACGUCCUGGUGACGGUCUCCUAUGUUUACUUCAAUUACUUAACCAGAUUCAGGAUUUUCUCAGGCUUUGAGACGUCUUUUUAAAAAGAACAUGUCAUCCAAUCAAACCUGUUGGUUUGGCAGCUGGGCACAUUUGUAAGCUUUAUUGGGGGGCAGGCCUAUGUUUUUGCACUAUAGGAAGAGAGGAAGAAUAGAUGGUAGAGAAAAGAACUAUUUUUUUGAAAAAACUGUAGCAUGUCACUUUUUUAAAGUAUACAAAUGGUGCUAAAUGUAAGCAGUCUUAAAUGUUGGCUCCCCUUGGUCUCUAGAAAAUGUUGGUAGUUGAUUUUAGUUACGUAUUUUGCGCUUUUUCUAAAAACUCUUUUCAAUAAAACCUCGUAAAAAAUGAGGGAAAAUGUUUUCCCCCACAUUUA